GAGGGUGUGACGCUGGUAUUUGUGUGAACUCGAGUUUAUGAUGCUGAGCUUGGUUCAUCCGCUUCCUCCUCCUUUCUCCUCCCCACUCCUUUCUACCAGCGCCACAGCAACAUCCUCAGAGUCUGAGAGAAGGGCGCCCAGCGCCGCGCGGGCACAAACCUCCCAACGCCAGCAGCCUGCGGCCGGGCGGGAGAAGACAGCUAGCGCAGUGACUGCGCCUCACCACCAGUCCCCCGACCACGAUGGCCAAGAAUCGUAGGGACAGAAACAGUUGGGGUGGGUUUUCAGAAAAGUCAUAUGAGUGGAGCUCAGAAGAGGAAGAACCAGUGAAAAAGGCAGGACCAGUACAAGUCCUUAUUGUCAAAGAUGACCACUCCUUUGAGUUAGAUGAAACUGCAUUAAAUCGGAUCCUCCUCUCAGAGGCUGUCAGGGACAAAGAGGUUGUUGCUGUAUCUGUUGCUGGCGCUUUUCGAAAAGGAAAAUCAUUUCUGAUGGACUUCAUGUUGAGGUACAUGUACAACCAGGAAUCAAUUGAUUGGGUUGGAGAUUACAAUGAACCAUUGACCGGUUUUUCAUGGCGAGGUGGGUCUGAACGAGAGACCACGGGCAUCCAGAUAUGGAGUGAAGUCUUCCUUAUUAAUAAGCCUGAUGGUAAAAAGAUUGCAGUGUUACUGAUGGAUACUCAGGGAACCUUUGACAGUCAGUCAACUUUGAGAGAUUCGGCCACAGUGUUUGCCCUUAGCACAAUGAUCAGCUCAAUACAGGUGUAUAACUUGUCACAGAAUGUCCAGGAGGAUGAUCUCCAGCACCUCCAGCUUUUCACUGAGUAUGGCAGACUGGCAAUGGAGGAAACAUUCCUGAAGCCAUUUCAAAGCCUCAUAUUCCUCGUUCGAGACUGGAGUUUCCCAUAUGAAUUUUCAUAUGGAGCUGAUGGUGGUGCCAAAUUCUUGGAAAAACGACUCAAGGUCUCAGGGAAUCAGCAUGAAGAACUCCAGAAUGUUCGAAAACACAUCCAUUCCUGUUUCACCAAAAUUUCCUGUUUUCUGCUACCUCAUCCUGGCUUGAAAGUAGCUACCAAUCCAAACUUUGAUGGAAAACUGAAAGAAAUAGAUGAUGAAUUCAUCAAAAACUUGAAAAUACUGAUUCCUUGGCUACUUAGUCCUGAGAGCCUAGAUAUUAAAGAGAUCAAUGGGAAUAAAAUCACCUGCCGAGGUCUGGUGGAGUACUUCAAGGCUUAUAUAAAGAUCUAUCAAGGUGAAGAAUUACCACAUCCCAAAUCCAUGUUACAGGCCACAGCAGAAGCAAACAAUUUAGCAGCCGUGGCAACUGCCAAGGAUACAUACAAUAAAAAAAUGGAAGAGAUUUGUGGUGGCGACAAACCAUUUCUGGCUCCUAGUGACCUGCAAACCAAACAUCUAGAGCUUAAAGAAGAAUCUGUGAAGUUAUUCCGAGGGGUGAAGAAGAUGGGUGGGGAAGAAUUUAGCCGACGUUACCUACAGCAGUUGGAAAGUGAAAUAGAUGAACUAUACAUCCAGUAUAUCAAGCACAAUGAUAGCAAAAAUAUCUUCCAUGCAGCUCGUACUCCAGCCACACUGUUUGUUGUCAUCUUUAUCACGUAUGUGAUUGCUGGUGUGACUGGAUUCAUUGGUUUGGACAUCAUAGCUAGCCUAUGCAAUAUGAUAAUGGGACUGACCCUUAUCACGCUAUGCACAUGGGCAUACAUCCGGUACUCUGGAGAAUACCGCGAGCUGGGAGCAGUAAUAGACCAGGUGGCUGCAGCCUUGUGGGACCAGGGAAGUACAAAUGAGGCUUUAUACAAGCUUUACAGUGCAGCAGCAACUCACAGACAUCUAUACCAACAUGCAUUUCCGGCACCAAAGUCAGAAUCUACUGAAGAAUCAGAAAAAAAGAAGAUAUAAUCCAAACUUUAAAAAGUACAGGUGCAUGACCAGUUGUCAGUUAAACAAUAAGUUUUGUAUCUCCAUGCAACCAUUCAGAAUACUUCCAUAAGAACACAGUAAAGUAUCAAGCACCUCUGAAGACAACAGAAUGGUUUAGUUGACGUUUAAGUGUUUAAUAAGCAGAUGUAUGUAUGCAUGGUUAUAUUAUUUUGCUAAGAGGUACAGUUUCCUGAUUUUGUCUUCAAAUACGCUAUUAUAAUUUAAAGUAUUUGUCUAUUUAUGAUAACAGUACAUGUGUUCUGCUUGAAUUCACUAAUUACUACUACUGGGUUAUAACUGAACCAUGUAGUAAUAUUGCUCCACGUUUGGAUAUGCUCAUUUAAUUUCUACAGAAGAAUUUUUAAAUUAUUUUAGUCAUUUGUUAAUGCACACAUCAAAACCCAGCAGGGUUGAUUCAGUCUGUCUCAUCUUACAUAUACCAUCAGCUCUUAGUUAUUUUUAAAAUACAUUUUUUAAAGUGUUUCAUUGAUUUGUCAAAAAUUAUAUAUUGCUUCUUUUACAUUAUGAUUUAAUAAAGAUUAUAACUUCUUGAUAAAAAAUGCACAAAAAUCACUUUGUAUAUGUAUUUAAGUUUCACUGCAUUGUAUAUUUUUUCAUUUGAUACAUAAAAAAUGUAUUCUUCAUAGGUUUAUUCUUUUAACAUGUGAAUUGUUAUUAAAGUUUACUUUGAAUCCUAAAAACAAAUGCUUACUGAUUU